GACUGGAGAGUGAUUGAACAGUGUGAGCGUAACGUUGUGACUGACCGAGUGGUUUUGAAUCUUUUAGUAACCGACCGACCGACCGGGCGAGCAAGCGUAAGGCAACAGCCGUUGAGAAAUCUGUUUUUUCAGUUAAGUGCGAACGGACGAAGGCAGACGCAGCCACGAAGAUGCCACGACCACGAGAGCAGCUCCUAUCGCUGUACACCGUCGGCUUGAUCCUGAUCGGUGCCCUGCUGGUCGUGAGGAUGGCCAGCGCCGACCCAAUGGUGGACGGUGGCGGUUUGUACGGCGAUAAUAAACAUGCCAACGAUAAGCGCCCGUUCUUCGUCGGCAGUCGGUAUGGCCGGUCGCAGGUAUACGGCGCGAAGGACUUACGGCAGGUGAACUUGGUGCCACGUAACGAUCGCUUCUUCCUCGGUUCGCGAUACGGCAAGCGGUCCGAUUUGACGAAGGAAAUUGAAUCCGACAGCAACAAUGGCGCCGACCAACAGUUGACCUAUCUGGCCUGUUUGCACACGGGAGUGUCGAACCUGUACCGGUGCUACAGCCGCGACUCUGCAUCGCCCUCGAUUCACGGUCAGCAGCAGGAAAUGGACCAGUACGAGCAGCAUCAGUUGGCCGCGGACAACUCCGAUCUGCUUGGGGAGAAGUAAUCGGACACCGCGAUCUUCCUAACAUUCCAUCAUUUGCCUGCGACUCUCGAAACGAAUCCCCAACUUACCGUUUCAAUGUUUGCCACAAUCUACCAACGAACCGCAUACCCAUACCUCGGCCCUGUUAAACACUAAAUGUGACCAUUCUACCACACGAUGGCGUACAGUAUGAAUCAAUCGGACACGCACACACACACACGGACAGCGUGCCAUGGUGGGUCAAGAUGGCAUCGCCGGGUUUCAGUUCGCGGGGAUAACGUAGCAGAUAACAACGACUUUCCAUGCGGGCCGGUUCCCGGAGCGUACCGGAGGGCAUUCGAAUAGAAAUUAAUGUCAGCACCCUCAGCAGCAGGAGGAGCCAAGGAUUGCGGGGUGCGCACUGUUGCUGCUGCUGCGGUGCUACGCCAGGCUGGGUGAUUUUUAUUCGGCGAUGCUCGGAAGCACUCUUCUCGGAUAGCAAGCCAAGUCGGCCAUGUCCUGUCCGUCUUCAUCUUCUACCGUGGGGGUCCUACGGCACACAGCAUUUAUGUUUCGGUUAUCGGAAAGGCUGGUAAAAUCAUUUCCGGGCACCGUUCUGUUUGAAUCGGUUUAGAACACACCGUGAUGAGGAGUGUGUUGUCCCUUAAGCAUUCCAAUACACACACAGCAUCGAUCGGAAUAUCGGAAGAUUAUAAGGUAAAAUUAACCCAUGUUAACUC